AUGAACGGCCGGAAAGGGGAGAUCCUCAAUUGUGUGAUGGCGGCCCGUCGAGUCAUUCACCCGAGCGAGGGGCAGGAGGGCGUGAGAGCAGAGACAUCGCAUUGGAAGGUCGUGAGAGACGCGUGGUUAGAGGGGCUGCUGGUGGCGCAUGCCGCAGGCAUUCUGGACCUUGAUGGCACGUUCUUGGCUGUGAAGUGCGGAAACGCACCAUUAGGUGAGUCAUGGAGUGGGAUGGCCACAGCAACCCUGAGGCUGGUGUUUGGCUUACCGCCCCUUCCCGACUGGGAAUGUCAGGAGUACCCAGCAAUGGCAAGACAACGUGAGAACAGCAACUCAUACCCGGCGGCAACCGGCAACCUCAGCUGGGACAAUAUGGGCAUACUGUUCACUCAGAAAGGCGCCCCACACAUGGUGGCCAGCCCAGCACUGGUGCAGGGCCACAGGGGCCAAGAGGCGGAGCCAGGCAGUUUGCCCCAGCCGGGAGGUAAGCUCCUCCUCGGUAACGUGCUCUUUGGACCAGUAGAGUCCGAUGCCCAUGGUGUGAGUACCCGCAAGAUUGAAAUGAUGCCGGAGCUGCGGCAGCUGCAACCCGCAUCCACGGGAUUGGGAGGCAAACGCCAGCAUGGAUGGCACUACACAUACACGCCACCUGGUGGACGCUAUUGUGGGCGGCGUAUUAAUGUCCCUAGGCGCCCGAGCCCCGUUAAUGAGUGUCAUGUCCUCAUGGUCAGCAACAGGCUGGCCACCCUACUGGGCAGAUUAGAGAUGGCCGACUGCACUUUAGGUCUGCUGGACCUGCACCACCCCCAACUAGAUGCCCCGCAACACGCAUGGCUAUUGGCCGCAGCAUCCGAGCUCACCAGAUGCACCGUAUGCAAUGCAUGUAUGACUGAAGAAAUGUGGGCAAAAGGCUUCGGCCCACAACUGGGCUGCCUGUGGCGCCUGCUGGAGCGAGUGGAAGAAAUGGUCAAGCUUUUGCGACCAACACACAUCAUUGCACAAUACCACAGUGGCUGGCAAGCAAGCAAUGUUGGGUGCACACGCACCCUGGAUAGCCCCCAGGGUGGGGCGAUGGGUGGAGUUCAGGCGGCCGGAACAAGGAGCAGGUUCAGCAACGGGACUGGUGGGGGGGAGGGCCGACAGGGCGGGGGCCGCCAAAACGGCACCCAAGCAGGGCGCGGCAGGCAAGGGCCCGCACCGUGGCAGGCGGCCCUAGACACAGUGAAAGAUGAGCUCCGGAGGUGUAACCAUCUGGCAGAGCUGUGCCAGGACAGCGACACCAUGUUCUGGACAGCCAAGUCCUUUCGUCCAGCAAUUUGCUGCAAUGUGGCACUCCUGGGGAGGCAAUGCCCGUAUGGCGGGGCCCCAGGCUGCAAACUCGUGCAUGACAACCUCCAGCAGACAGCAGGGUGCUUGGUGACUGAGUUGGCGGCAAAGAGACAGGCAGGGCCCAGAUUUGGCGGGGGCUAA